AUGGCGACCAAGAAAGCCGGCGGCUCGUCGGGCAACGGUCGGGAUUCCAUCGGACGACGCCUCGGCAUCAAGAUCUGGCCCAAUAUGUCGGCGAUUGCGGGUAAUAUUCUCGUCCGACAGCGGGGUCAAAAGUUCCGGGCGGGCACCAACGUGGGAAUGGGUAAGGAUCACACACUCUUCGCCAAAGCCGACGGGGUUGUCUCCAUGACCCGACUCGAGAGUAACCGUAAACGCAACGUGGUGCACGUCCUGUAG